UGAAACCGAUUUUUUUUUUUUUUUUGUAAUCAUCUCCCCCUUUUCUCAUUGUCUUUAUUCUUCCUCUUUCUUUCUUUUUUUUUUACAUAAACUUCCAUUAUAUAUCCAAAAUGCCAUCUAUUCAACUUCCAAAAGGAAAAUCACUUUAUGAUAUUCUUGAACUUGAAAAAAGUGUAGUAGAUAAGGACGACAGCGUGAUUAAAAAAGCAUAUCGAAAACUGGCAUUACAAUAUCAUCCUGAUAAACAAUCUCCCAAAGCAAAAGCGGAAGAUUUGGAACACGCGACUCAACAAUUUCAAUUGAUUGGUUAUGCUUAUUCUAUUCUUAACGAUAAAUCAAAACGCUCACAUUAUGACCUUACUGGAAGUCUUGAUGGGGAAGAUUCUUUUUUGACUGGUGAUAAGGAUUGGACUGAUUAUUUUAAGGAACUCUGGCAAGGUGUCGUCAGUGCUGAAACUAUUGAAGCUCAUGCUUUGAAAUACAAACAUUCAAAAGAAGAAGAAGAAGAUGUAUUGAAAUACUAUACGAAAUUUAAUGGAGAUAUGGAUAAAAUAUUAGCACAUGUGGAACAUAGUAUGGCUGCAGAUGUACCUAGGUUUAUGGAUCUAAUUCAACAAGGAAUUCAAGACAAAAAAGUGGAAAAGUAUUCUUUGUAUGAAAAGACAACCACCCGAUCAGCUCAAACAAGACGUAUCAAGCAAGAACAAAAGGAAGCGCGUAACAGUGAAAAGGAACAGCAAAAAAAGAAAAAAUCGGAUACAAAGACAGAUGAACCCAAUGUGGAUGAUAUACAAUCACUUGAAGCAAUCAUCAAAAAUAGGCAAAAAGAUCGGCGGUCUCAACUGGACUCGAUGUUGGACUCUAUUAUGGAAAACACAACAAAGAAACAGCAACCUAAGAAAAAGGAACCUUCAACAAAAACAACGACAAAAAAGACGACUACCAAACGCAAAUCAAACACAAAAGAUGACGAUAAUGAAGUGGCGACACCAGAUAACAACGAUGAAAGUGUAAAGAAAAGAAAAACGGUAGCCACCAAAGCAUCGACAAGUACGCCAUCGAAAAAGACAAACAAGAACAAAACAAAAUCUACCAAAUAGGUCCCGUUUUUUUUUCUCUUCUUCUUCUUUACCAAAUUAGUGUCUAGGUGUUUCCCUUCUCCUUUUUCUUUUUAGGUUAUACCUUUAUUUUUUUUUUUUUAAUUUCAUCACUUUUAGUUGUUACUAUUGUCUUCAUUUAUCUUCUUCAUUUGUAAAUAAACAAAAUCCAAAAAAUAUUUUUUUUUAUUAUCUAUUCCAUUCAUGAUGAAUGAAAAGAAUCGAAAUGAAAAUUCUUUGUACACACUUUUUUAAUAAAAUAUGAACAUUGUCUUUGUUUUU